AUGAAAGAAUACCGGCGAAGAGUUCUGUUCGCCUAUGGUUCUUUAGAGGGCGACGGUGACACACCGGAGAAGGAGGCGGCGGAUUUAGAGCGGAAGCAGAAAAGGUUUGCGACCAAGUUGAUCAAUGGUUUGCACGGAGAGGCCUGGAGAGCCGUGGAGCAUUUGACCGUGGACCCUGCGAAGCUGAAGAAGAAGGAUGGCUACAAAGAAAUCUUUGCAGCACUUCAGUCAAUUGAGAAAGAGGGCAUCAUCAAGAAGACUGAAGCCUUUGACAGGUUUUUUGAGCAGACGACCAGACGCAGGGGAGAUCCAGUGGACCAAUACUUGCGAAAGAAGAUUCAGGCAUGGGAGGAUUUGAAAGACCUGGACGAGACAUCGGCUAUGAGCGAAGACCUUUUGAGCUAUUUUGUUUUGAAAGGUUGCAAUUUGUCUCGCGAAGAUCGCCGUUCCAUUCUACUGGCAAAUCAGAGUGCUUAUGCCCGUCAAGGGAUCAUGCAAUCAUUGCGUGUGUCCUUCCAUGACUUGCAUGAGAGAGAGAAGACUCAUCCUGGCCGAGAUCUACGACGUCCCAUGGGCAAAGGUGGCAGAAAGGGCUAUGCAGUGCAUGAAGAAGAUGAAGCCUGGGAUGAAGAUGCCACAGCCAAUGAGGCCUACUACGAUGAAGCCGAGGAUGGAUAUGAAGAGUCAUGGGAUGAGCAAGCUGAAGAUGCCAUGCAUGCUGCUGGCGAUGAAGAUCAAGCUGGCUCCGAUGAGGGAGCGUCCAAUGAUGACCAGGUGUAUGAGGCCUACAUGGCUAUGAACAAGUCUCGCUCAGGUUAUCAGGAAGCCCGGAAGAAGCUGCGCGAAGUUCAGAAGUCAAGGGGCUUUUACAAGAACUCCUUCAAUGAGGACCGUCAGCAUCUCAUCAACCGCGAGAAAUCCAAGAGCCGCUGUCCGGCCUGUCACAGAGUUGGCCAUUGGGCAGGUGAUCCUAGCUGUCCCAAAGCCGGCAAUUCAGGGCCCAAUCGUGGUGGCGGAAAAGGCAAGAACAAAGGACGUUUCCAGAAGAAGGGCAAGUCCGCCUACAUGGUUUCGGAUGAUCCUUCGUUUUUCAACUUGACAGAUUUGGAUGACGAGGGAGCAGAUUUGAUCCUUUCUCCCGAACAUUGCCUGAUGGUUCGCGGUGAAGAUGGUGAUGAUGAACAUGACAUGCUGCAAGACUCUGGAUACACUGAGACAGAUGAUCGUCGCAAGCCUCCGGCAUCCUAUGCAUCCUCAGACUGGGAGCGCAUCAGUUCGAGCCCGAUGCCCGGAGCAAGCCAUUCCUGGGAAGUUCAGCCCGAAGUCCCAGCGAGAUCCGUCUCAGAGACCCAGGAAGUCAUUCGUCCAGUUGUGCAUGCCCACAUCGAGACCAAGGAGGUUGAGAGCUUGACGGCAGUGAAACCUUCGGAUUUGAAUGACAAGAAGGCAUAUGAGUUGCAAGAGAUUUGCAACCGUUGGGGCAUUCAGACGUCAGGCAACAAGAAGGUUUUGAUCGAUCGUCUCAACCUUUUGUUUUCAGGAGCACCAGUGCCAAAGAAGAAUUGCACUAUGAAGUUCUUGCGUUUGAUCGAUGAGGGCCAUAGCAGUGGCAGUGAGGUUGAGAAGGUUGCCGGUACUUUUCGUGCCCCAAUUUUGGAGCCCAAGUCUUUUGCCGCUCCAAAGCCCAAAGCCAAGUGCAAGCCUUCCUCAGAUGAAUCGGCAUACAUGUUGCAUGAAGCGCCAAAAUCGGAGAAGAAGCCUGACAAGCAGAUUCGUCUCUCUGACUUGGAAGAGGGCAAGCCUGUGGCAGUCCGUUCUUUGGCUGCAGCAAUUUCCCAAAGACUGGAUGCAGAUUCACAAAGACCGCAGAGCAAGGUCUUCAGACCAUCAAUGCUCAAGGAGCCUGUGGCUCCACGCAGUGACGGAAGUUUGACAAGGGAAGCACCCCUGGAACAGCGGGGGAUGUUGCAUGAGAAUUUGUACAAUGCUGAUUUUACCUUUGCUUUUGUUGCCAAUGAGGAUGGUGAUAGGGUAGAUGUCACAGGAGAGGUGCAAGAAGCUUUAAGGUCACACCAUCAGCUGGGUAAUGGCUCCAAUGCUGAUGAAUCCAAGUUGGGCCUCGUGGACACAGCCUGCACGAGUUGCAUGCAUUCCCGUAAGUGGAGGGAAGCCUAUGAAAAGACAUUGCCUUCUGGAUUUGUUUGCCAAAAGACUGACCGCACCAAGAUUUUCCAUUUUGCUGACGGAAGUUCAACUUCUACCAAGGUUCCAGUGUGGAAGAUACCAAUUUUUCUGGGCAACCGUCCAGGGAUGGUGCAGUCAGCUGAGAUUGACACAGGCACGACCCCGCUCCUGCUCAGCAUUUCAGCCCUUGCAGCUCUUGAUGCCAUUUUGUUUGUGAGGAAGAAAAUCAUGCGGGUAGAGGAAUUGCAGCUUGAUAUCCCCAUGGUUGAAACAUGCACCAAGCACUUAGCAGUGAAGGUUUCGUUUGAUGAGGAUUGUCCAGAGUUCAAACCAGCAGGACAUGGAGCGCCGGUUUGUCACUCCAUCAACGAUGAUCUUUUUGUUUAUUACAACAACGAAGCUAAGUUGUGUGUUUUGUCUGGCGAUUCCACAGUGCAAGUUCCAGACCAAGAUUUUAGCUGCAAGGCACAAUUUGGGCCUCGGGGCAUUCAGUUGAGUGACAAGCGCUGUGAUUUGCAGGUCAGACGUGCCAAGGAGCUAGCCAAGGUCACAAGGCGUUUGAGGUUAGAAGACCAGCGUUCUUGGGCAGCCCUUCGCUGUCAAUACUCUUUGGCAGAACAAGCCGCAACUAGGGGUUUUCAGAAUACCGUGAUUUUUGAACCGUUUGGAGGCAAAUUUGGAGUCACACGUGUUGCCAGUAGCGAGUGGGGCUGGACCAAUAGCCAGCCACUUGACCGAUUAGAUGGACAUGAUCUUUUAGCUCAAGAAGGCCAAGCACUACUUUGGAAGACUUUAGCAAUUCACCAGCCUUUUCUUGUCCUGAUAGCUUUUGAUUGCCGAAUCUGGAGUUUGCUCACCAACAUGAGCCCGAGUGUCAAUUGGGAGCUGCUGAGAAAGACAAUCGGCAAGAAAACCUUGAAGCUAGUCAAGGACAUUUGUAAGUAUCAACAUGACCACAACAGGUACUUUCUGCUGGAAAAUCCGUUGCCUUCUGCAGCUUGGACUUACCAUGACAUUUUGAAGAGUUUGUUGACAGACUGUGGUGGCAAAUUUGUCAUUGGCGAUCAGUGUCCAUACGGUCAACGUGAUCCAGUCAGUGGGCUGCCUGAGCAAAAGCGCACUGGUUGGUUGGGCAAUUCUGAAGUGAUUCUCAAUGAAGUCGGCCGUAGGUGUAGUUGUCCACAUGGCUCACAUCAACACAUCGUUGGCAAUAACCAGUUUGGCCAGCGAUCCAAGCAAGCGGCUUCAUACCCCACCGCUUUGUGCCGGGCGAUUUGCCGAGGUGUUCUCAAGGAGAUGCAAUUGAUCUAUGUGAUCAACGAGUUGCGUGGCGAGCAUGCCAUGCCGGUGGAGGAUGAGGAAGAUGCCGAGAUGGAAGAAGUGUCUAGGCCAGAUGAGGGGCCUAACCCAGGAGUAGAUGAGGACUCUUGGGAACUGGAUGAAGUCAAUCUAGAACUUACCCGUCAUCACCGAGUCCCUAGAAGGCAUCUUUUUGUUCCAUUGCUUGGAUCUGAGACACCGGUCCCAUUGGACAGGUUGACAGGCCAGAGGACAGUUCACUGCAAAACUGUCAAUGAAGACAGAACUUGGACAUUCACUGACAACUGGACAGAUCGAGUUGAUGGUGGCCGAGAGUUGGAUAGAUUUUGGGUUGGUCGCACGGUUUUUGCUUUGCAUCCACUUGAACUAGCUCUACCAGAAGAAAGUGCACCUCAGGAAGUAGAGAAGAAAGGAGCUUUGAGAAGAAGACGAGUCAGAACUCGGCAACUUCAGCGGGGUCUUUGGUCCAUAGAUCAAAACCAGAUGGUCAAGACCUUGAUGGAACUGGCUCAUGAGAGGUAUCAAGAAAGUGGGGCCAGUGGGAAUUGGAUCAUUUUAGACCUGACCACAGAGGUUGGAAAAGAGUGGAAGGCGUUGGAGUCUGCACAAGUUGAUCUUCGUUUGAUACUUUCCUCAGUUGACGCCAGACGACUUCGAAAGCCACAACCUCAUGCUCAGGCAGCUGAAGUUCCCUUGCGAAAGACUCUGCUCCUCAUGUCCAGCGGCGACAUUUUGUCGACUGGCUGGGAAGAUUGGCAACAAAUAGCACCAGGGUCGCAAAUGAGACCUUUACCAAGACAACCGCGGAGGCUGUGUAUCACCCUCUUCGGUGCCCAAAUAGGAGCCGAUGAGGUAGAAGAUGGUGAUGGUGAGCCUACAGAUCCUUUGAGACAUCGUGAAGAAGAAAGGCUCAGGAAAUGGAAUGCUCUUCCUAGAGAGCUCAAGUUGGCCAUACAGCGCAUUCACACCAACCUUGGACAUGCCCGUUUGCCCGACAUGCUCAGAGCACUUAGGAUUUCCAAAGCUUCAGAAGUGGCGCUAAAGGCAUGCCGACUUUUCCGAUGCUCUUCAUGUCCACGACUUUUGGAGCCAAAAAUACCACGGCCUUCGAGGCUACCUCAGGUUGAUGAGUUCAACGUGGUAGUUGGCUUAGAUGUUUUCAGUGAAAAAGACGCCAGCGGUGGCGAAUGGACAUGGCUCAAUGUCGUUGACGAGGGCACUGGUUUUCAGGUUUGCACUUUGCUGGGUGAAACUUUCAGAAACCCGACGAGCCAAGAAGUUUUGCAAGCUUUUGAAGUCGGUUGGUGCAAUUGGGCAGGAAUGCCUGAGAGAGGUCUAGUGCUUGAUAGGGCAAAGUACUUUUUAGGCACGUUGGCAGCGCGAAUGUCCGAAGAAGGUUGUGUGGUGGAUUUUGCAAGCAAGGCAUCGCCGUGGCAGAUAGCUUAUGUGGAAAGAGCAGGAGGCACUUGGAAGACCACUUUCAGACGUUUAGUCUGGGCAGAACAAGUUUCCGGAAGAGAAGAUGUUUUGGUGGCGACAGGUGCCAUCAAUGCAGCUAGAAACAAUCUAGCACGUAGAAGUGGUUUCUCACCGGCACAAUGGGUGCUGGGAAGGAGUGUGAGGCUCCCAGCAGAUCUCACAGAUGAGGCAGAAAUUUCACGCAUUGGUGCUCAAAGUAUGGCUGCAACUCCAACCACGAAGUUUUUCCGCAAGACACAGCUCAGAAUGAGCGCCAGGGAAGCUUUUGUCCGCACAGCCAAUGAUGCAGCUCUUCGACGUGCAGAAUUGCGUCGUGUGCGGCCCACCAGAGGGCCUUUCAGAGUUGGCGACUAUGUUUUCUACUAUGAUGAAGCUGACAACACUCCAGGUCCCAAUCACUGGCGUGGUGUCGCCAGGGUCAUUGGCCAUGAAGGAAGUCGGACAGUUUGGAUAUCUCACAGGGGAAUUUUAGUUGCAGCGUCACCUGAGCAUUUGGCACAUGCCAAUGAAGAUGAAAUUAGAGGCUGGAUGGUCACUGCAAAUGAGACGUCACUUCUUGACGCAAUGCCUGCAGCAGGGGGUACUGGCUUUCUUGAUUUGAGAUCCAGACCAACUCCUCCUCUUGAAGGUUUUCCAGAAGCCAUCGAAGAUGCAGAGCAAGCGGAUUUGCCAGAAGUUCCGAGGGAUGAAGAACAACAGCAGGAGCAAGAUGGCAACCCACCGCUAGGUGAUGUCCAGCAGCCGCCAGCAUCAGAAGAUGAUCUUUCAGCAAGCUCAACUUCAGCAGCACGGUUGCAGCUUGAGUCUGAAAGAGAGCAGCGAAAAGAGAGAAGGAAGUUUGAUUUCUUUGAGCAGCAGCAGCGGAGGAGGCAACAAGACAGAGAAAGCAAGAAAGCAAGGUUAGAGACCAUCCCGGAUGUGACCUUGCGUGAGGCCUUUGAAGUUCCGGUUGGCCCUGACUUUGACCCAGAGUUGGAUGAUUUUCACCAAGCAGUUCCCGCAGAAACUCCACCUCCAAUCAUGGAAGCAGAUGAUGUGGAUGAAGCACAGGAAAGAGCAGCGAAACGACUGCGACUUGGAGAAGCCUUGACGCCGUCUGACGCAAACAGUUCCUUUUGUUUUCUGGCUUUGGUGGAGGAUGAUUUCUUAGAGGAACAGUCAAAGGCUUGUUAUCAGGCAAGGGCUAACACUUUUGAGGCGCUUGGUGUUGAUGAAGAGACCUUCCUUUUUGGAGCACAACGUAAUGACUUCUACGACCAAUACAUGCAGUUGUUGGAAAGUUCACUUUCGUCUCAAAGCCAAGACGAUGCUCCUCCACUUGUGAAGAAGAAGGCACGCAAGGAGCUAUAUCUCAAAGAUUUGGACCGAGAAACACGUGUUUUGUUCGACGGUCCGGAAGGAUCAGAUGCCAAAGAAUGGCGAGCAUGGCUUGAGAAAGGUGCAGUAGAAGUUCUUCCUCUUGAAGAAAGCAGAAAAGUGCUCCGAGACAAGCAGCAUUGUCUCAUACCAACAAGGUGGGUGAGAACCAACAAGUCAGAUGGGAAGCCAGAUGAACCUUUCUUCCCGAAGUCCCGUUUAGUUGUGCAAGGUUUCAAAGACCGUUCACUUGGUCAAUUUCGGCGUGAUGCACCCACAGGUUCAGCUCUAGCAGAAGCUAUCGUUUUGUCUCUCUCAGCAGCUUUUGGUUUCAAAAUGGUUUGCAAAGACAUCAAGAAUGCAUACUUUUCUGGCAAAGAGAUAGGCAGAGAACUAUAUCUACUUCCUCCUAAAGGUGGUUUACCAGGAGUUUUGCCAGGACAGGUCAUGAGAGCCAGGAAGGCAAUCUACGGGUUUGCCGAAGCAGCCAGGCUUUUCUGGCUGGCGCUUCGUGAACACUUGCAGAGUGAUGGCUGGUGCGAAUCCAGACUGGAGCCAGCUUUGUUUUACCUGCGAGAUUCUUCAUUGAAGUUGCGCGGCAUCCUUGUGACACACGUGGAUGAUAUCCAGGCUGGGGUUGACGCCGCCUACCUGGAGUCUGCCUUUCAGAAGAGUUCUCUGGCUUUGGAGUUUGCAACCAAUCAUUUCGACAGCUAUACUUUUCGUGGCCGUGAGAUCAAACAAGUUGCAGGAGGUCACAUAGACGUCACCAUGAGCAACUAUGUCAGAAGCAUGCGGCCUGUGAAGAUCGACAGAGAAAGAAGAAAGCAUUUGGAAGCCAGGCUGACCGCUGAGGAGAAAGAGACGAUGCAGUCUUCUUGUGGCGAACUGGGAUGGGUUGCAAGACAGCUCAGAAGUGAUUUGGCCUUCGAGAACGGAUGUCUUCAGAGAAGCAAGUCUGACCCAUGUGUUGCAGAUUUGGUGAGGUUGAGAAUGGCAGUCAGCAGUGCACGGCGAGCAGCCGAUUUUCGACAGCGUUUCUGGUCAGAUGUUGAUCCAUACAAGGCGGUGGUAGUUCAUUUAGCAGAUAGUGGACAUGCCAAUGGAACCCCUGAGAAUGACGACAUCAUGAAGUACAGAUCAGUUGGAGGAUAUUUCCUUUUGCUGGCAAACCCCGGUGUUUCAGAAGGACAGGAAGUCCGGGCCAACGUUCUGGCUUACCAAUCAUCUCAGACGAAACGUGUUUGCAGAAGUACUUUAGCUGCUGAAGCAGCACAUCUGGCAGAGGCAGUCGAAGCAGGUGACUGGCUCAUUGUUGUUUUAGCAGAAGCGCUUUACGGCAAGAUCAACCUCAAGGACUGGGACAAAAUUGUGGAAGAAAGACCGCGCAUCUACGUAACAGAUGCCAGAAGCGUGUUUGAUUACUUGGGCAAAGACUCCACUAGCACAAGCAGUGAUCGUCGCAUGGCUCUGGAAGGCGCUUUGCUGAGAGAGACAGUGCGCCGCAGAAAUGCUGCAGUUAGAUGGAUAGAUGGUGAACAGAACAUGGCAAACAUUUUGACUAAGGCAAAAGCUGACAUGAAUGUCCUUUUUGAAUUCUUGCGAGAUGGGAAGAUUUGUCUCGUCCAGACAGAGGCAAACAAGCAGAUCAAGGAAAAGAAGAGGGCACAGCGGCAGAACCGUCGAAAGGUUUUGAAGGAAGAUCCGAUGAAGCAGAAGAUCAAGGAUGAUCGAAUCAAAAGACUGGCGAGAGAGGUACAAGACAUGAAGCACAGUUCAGAAUCCGAUUCAAAGUCAACAAAAUAA